AUGCACUCAGAGCAGAAUCUUACUGCGUUCUCUAGUGUUGCAAAUGCAGCCAAGCAGCAAGAAUGUUGGCAUGAUCCGAAGCAGAAUUUGAAUCUGGGUCCCAAUUUUUUGGCCGAGUGUUUUGUGGAAUGGGAUGUGAGGGCACCAUUGGAGGUUAUACAUGAAGAAUACGAAGGUGAAGAAGUAGGAAAUGAGGGGUUUUGGGAGGAAAAGAGAGAGGCACAGAUGGCUGUUAUUGAAAAAUACGCAUCUUUGUCACUGUAUUACCCGGAAUCCGACACAGACACUUCGUCGGAGGGAGAUUUCCUGACGAUCGAAGACUGGGAGUCAUCUGAGAACUUAUGCUUCCGGUGGGAAGAGGAUGAUAUAGAAGGGUUGAUAGAGAUUGAACUGAAGGGGAAGAGUAAUAAUAGUGAAGUUGAUGAAGAGAAUUUGAGUGAGAUUGAUCUUUUCCCGUCGAGAUGA